CUAGCCUAGCCUAGCCUAGAUUAGAUUUGCUAGUAAAAAUUCUGCAAACUACUACGAGUAUUACAAAAUCUUGUCCGAAUCCCAUCAAAAAUUAAUAGUACUACUACAAAGAAAACUUCAAUUCAAGCGAGUAAAGUCGUAAACCCAAAGAAAUCUCUGAUGAUUUAAACAACACAUAAACAAUAAACCCAACAGCUUGACCCACCACCACCAGCUCCGCCUUCCCCCACCCUCCCUAGGCCUCAACCCCCUCCCCCCCCCCCCCUCUCUCUCUCUCUCCAUCCACAUUGACCUAAUCGAAUCCCAACCUUCUCAGCUACUUACAUACUUCAGAGAGAGAGAGAGAGAGAGAGAGGAAAUGAAGCUGUCGGCGUUGCACCAGAGCUACCUCAGCCGCCGCGCCAACAGCUUCCGAGCAUCGUCAUCGCCCUUGGACCCAUCUUCCCUCGACGGAGGCCUCAAAUCAAUCUUGUGGCUGGUCCUCCACGGCCUCUGCUGCCUCGUCAGCCUCCUCCUCGGCUUCCGCUUCUCCCGCGUCGUCUUCUUCCUCCUCUUCUCCCCCUCCUCCACGCCCCCCACCGCCCUCCUCCACUCCACGUCGCCGUUCCGCCCCGCCUCCCUACCCGUUCAAUCUCUGAACACAACCGUCGCCACUCCGGGCAGCAGAGUAGUGGUCGGGCGGCACGGGAUCCUAAUCCGGCCCUGGCCCCACCCGGAUCCAGUCGAGGUCAUGAAGGCUCACCGGAUAAUCGACAGGGUUCAGAGAGAGCAGAGGGUUCAGUACGGGGUGAAAACCCCUAGGUCUGUCAUCGCUGUAACUCCUACCUACGUGCGGACUUUCCAGACUUUACAUCUGACCGGAGUGAUGCACUCGUUGAUGAAUGUGCCGUACGAUCUGACGUGGAUCGUCGUCGAGGCCGGCGGAACCACCAACGAGACGGCGUGGUUGGUCGCCAGAUCGGGGCUUAGGGUUGUCCAUGUCGGAUUCGAGGAGGAGAUGCCGGUCUCGUGGGAUGAUCGGCAUCGGUUGGAGGCUCGGAUGCGGUUACGAGCGCUAAGAGUUGUGAGAGAAUUGAAACUAGAAGGAAUCGUGAUGUUUGCGGAUGAUAGCAAUAUGCAUAGCAUGGAGCUCUUUGACGAGAUUCAAAAGGUGAAGUGGGUUGGCGCUGUUUCGGUGGGCAUUCUUGUACAUUCGGGUGAUCCCGAAGAAGAAUCAUCGGUGGCUCAGAAGGAUGAUGUAGAGAACUCACCUAUGCCAGUUCAAGGUCCAGCUUGUAAUUCAUCCGACCAGUUGGUUGGAUGGCACACAUUUAAUUCAUUGCCAUACGAAGGGAAGGGCGCAAAAUAUGUUGGUGACGUGGCCACUGUGUUGCCCAGGAAGCUGGAGUGGGCUGGGUUUGUGUUGAAUUCAAGGCUGCUCUGGAAGGAAAAUGAAGGUGACAAGCCAGAGUGGGUUAAGGAUCUAGAUACAGUAGGUGGGGAUGCAGAGGAUAUCGAGACUCCCUUAUCUCUGCUGAAGGACCCUUCUGUGGUGGAGCCUCUGGGCAGCUGUGGGCGCAAGAUUUUGCUUUGGUGGCUCCGUGUUGAAGCUCGUGCAGAUAGCAAAUUUCCUGCCAGAUGGAUCAUUGAUACCCCAAUGGAGGUCACAGUCCCAUCAAAACGCACUCCUUGGCCAGAUGCUCCUCCUGAACUUCCAUCUAAUGAGACAACGAUUACCACUGAGGAAAACAGGGAGAAGCCUGGUACAAAAACUCGACCGCGCAAAUCAAAACGCAGCUCCAGAAGUAAGAAAAAGCGUGAAUCAAGUGUGGUGGAUACACAGGUCUCAGCUAGGAAUUCUGGAGCACAGUAAAAAAACCUUGCUAGUCAAGAAUGUUUGAGAAAUAUACAGUUGUGCAAUAUGGCCUUCACCCUUCAGCAUCAACAAAUUCAAAGACAAAGCCAAUCUUCUUACCGUGAACUCAACUCAGAAGGGCAUCCGUUAUGAUUUGGUGAGUUGAUAUGUGCAUUUUGGUUUCUGUUCCGCCUAGUUUCCACUUCAAUUCUUUUAAUCUUAGUCAUUGGGUGUUCAAUAUAGAUCAUGGAAGGAGUAUGGUGCUAGUGGUUUACUUGUAUUUACCUUUCGAAAGCUUUAUACCCAGGUUUGUAGAUACCAUGUACCUGUGAUGUUGAAUGCCGCAGAAACAAUACUUGUAAUAAAGAGUUAUUUUAGUGCAAAUGCUUUGUUGUUGUA